CUCCACAUCUCUCUCACUCCAUCCCUACUCCUUUUGUCUUCACCUCCUCUCUCCUCUAUUUUUCUGUUUGUGGUUUGUUUUCUUUCUAAUUUCUUUUCUUUCAAAUCAUAUCAUUAUCUAUACAAUAUCCUUCUCCCACCUCAGUUUCCUUUCAUCCACUCUCCUCCCACAGGAACCAAGAUUGUUUUUGGGGAAGGGCUAGUAGUAAGCUGCGAAGAUGGAGGUCACGAAUGUUUCGGAGUACCAAGCCAUUGCCAAGGAAAAGCUGCCGAAGAUGGUCUAUGACUACUAUGCAUCUGGGGCAGAAGAUCAGUGGACUCUCCACGAGAACCGUCAAGCCUUUUCACGGAUUUUGUUCCGUCCUCGCAUACUCAUUGAUGUGAGCAGGAUAGACAUGACCACCACUGUCUUGGGUUUCAAGAUAUCAAUGCCUAUCAUGAUCGCUCCCACUGCCAUGCAGAAAAUGGCUCACCCCGAAGGAGAGUAUGCAACGGCAAGAGCAGCAUCAGCAGCUGGCACGAUUAUGACAUUGUCAUCAUGGGCAACCUCCAGUGUUGAAGAGGUUGCCUCGACUGGACCCGGCAUUCGCUUUUUCCAGCUCUAUGUCUACAAGGACAGGAAUGUAGUUGCACAGCUUGUUAGAAGAGCUGAAAGGGCUGGUUUCAAGGCAAUUGCACUCACCGUCGACACUCCAAGGCUUGGCCGCAGGGAAGCAGACAUCAAGAACAGGUUUACUUUGCCUCCGUAUUUGACGUUGAAGAACUUUGAGGGGUUGGACCUUGGCAAGGUGGACGAAGCGAAUGACUCUGGACUGGCCUCAUAUGUUGCUAGCCAAAUUGAUCAAUCUCUAAGCUGGAAGGACGUGAAGUGGUUGCAGACAAUUACCUCAAUGCCGAUUUUGGUGAAGGGUGUUAUGACUGCUGAGGAUACAAGGAUUGCCAUACAAAAUGGGGCAGCUGGUAUCAUUGUAUCCAAUCAUGGAGCUCGCCAACUCGAUUAUGUUCCUGCAACUAUCACUGCUCUGGAAGAGGUCGUGAGAGCCGCACAGGGGCGUGUCCCCGUGUUUCUGGAUGGUGGUGUCCGUCGUGGAACAGAUGUCUUCAAAGCACUGGCCCUGGGAGCCUCUGGAAUAUUUAUUGGAAGGCCCGUCGUAUUCUCUUUGGCUGCCGAAGGCGAGGCCGGAGUGAGAAAGGUACUCCAAAUGCUGCGUGAUGAGUUCGAGCUGACUAUGGCCUUAAGCGGAUGCACUACCCUGAAUCAGAUCACCCGCAGCCACAUAGUGACAGAGAACGACCUGAUUCGCCCUGCAGCCCGGUUAUGAAGUGCUUGGCUUGAAGAUCACCCAUCGCUCCUUAACAUAAUCGCCAGACAGAAUUUAAUGUCUGUUUCUAAUAAAGGUAUGGAAUAUGUUUACAUGUUCAGGAGACACUCUAUCAUUGGGAGAUCUUGUAUCAGAUUCCGCAAGUCUAGAAACACUUGGAAAAAUUUUAAGCUUUUGUAAUAAUGAUGAAUGUUAUUUCGUAA